AUGACCACCAAAGCAGACCCCCAUGCAUUGCUGCAAGACUUACAGCAGCUCUCCGAAGAGGGCCGCGAUCGAAUGCUGAUGCUGCUGCCACGUGAAGCAAUCGCCGAGGCUUUCAAGGUAGCUCUUCAAUUCAAUGACAGCAGCGGAGGAGACGGAAGUGGUACUUCGAUGAUUCCCGAGAAGAGGAUGCAGCAAGAGCGACGCCCACCUGUCCGUUACGACUCGCCACUACAGAGCCGCGACCCUAUAGCAUCCGACGCUACUAUCAAGGAAGAGGCGGAAGUCAUUACCAUUGACGACUACGACACUGUUGAGGAAGAUGCAGUCGUCAGCGAAGGCAGUCCCAGACCCGUCCAGUUCAACCUUUCAGGCACAAACAACACUGCCGAGCCCUCCGUUGCACCACGUUCACCCUACAGAACCAGGGCCCACGGACGCCGAGACGAGCCCACCAAUGGCCGAGCAAACGAAGAGCUAAUUGAUCUGCCGAUCCUUCUCAGUAUUCUGGGACUCCAUGGUAAGGUAACAAUGAAGGCUAUCGAUCACCUGCCUCCAGAGGUCCAAGGCGAGCUCGAACGACGGUUCAAACGGAUGUGGUCGCUCAACGAACACAGGCAGAAGGGAUACAGCCGAAUCGCCAGCGAGCCAGAAAAAUUCCUUGAGACGCCGUUGUGCAUCCGCGACAUCUGCACAAAAGGCAAGCCCACGUCUCGGCAGAGCGAGGUCUUCCGCACGCAAGAUAACGUCAGUGCAGACGAUAGAUGCGUAAAAGCCAAAGAGCCUUGCAUGCACUUGAUAGUGCAAACUUAUGCUCCUACGUUGCGCAUGGUUCCAUUGCCAGAGGUGGAGCGCUACCAGAGGACUUGGACAGACUUGGAGUUCUGGGUUCGACCUUAG